AUGGGUCUUUGCUGCGUGCUGGGGAUCGCUCCUCUCAUCCCUGGCAUCCUGGCCAAGGCUCUGUUGGGUUGCAGGGUGCAGAUGAAGAGCCCAGCCCAUGGCAGGGGUCCCUUGGCAACCCUGUGCUUCUCUAUCCCCAUCCCUGCAGACCUGGGCACCCCCAGCCCCUGCCUGAGCGCCGAGUGCGCGUUCGGGGCCACGUGCGUGGUGAAGAACCAGGAGGCCGUGUGCGAGUGCCAGCAGGUCUGCCAGGGCCGCUACGACCCGGUGUGCGGCACCGACGAGCGCACCUACGGCAACCCCUGCGAGCUGCGCUCCAUGGCCUGCGUCCUGCGCAGGGACAUCCGCGUGAAGCACAAGGGACCCUGCGAUCGCUGUGGCAAGUGCCAGUUCGGGGCCAUCUGCGAGGCGGAGACGGGGCGCUGCGUGUGCCCCACGGAGUGCGUCGCGUCCUCGCAGCCCGUGUGCGGCACGGACGGCGUCACGUACGGCAGCGAGUGCGAGCUGCACGUCCGCGCGUGCACCCAGCAGAGCCCCAUCCGCGUGGCGGCCCCGGGACACUGCAGCUUAAACAAGCAACGGCAGCUCCGGGGCCGGAGGGAGGACGCGGAGGACGAGCGCUGCGUGUGCGACUUCACCUGCCUGGCCGUGCCACGCAGCCCCGUGUGUGGCUCCGACGGUGUCACCUAUGCCAACGAGUGCGAGCUGAAGAAGACGCGGUGUGAGAAGCGCCAGGACCUCUAUGUCACUAGCCAAGGAGCUUGUCGCGCCCUUGCCACAACCUCAUCGCCUCUACCAGCCGUGCACUGCAGCCAGACCGUCUAUGGAUGCUGCCCGGAUAACAUGACCUUGGCGCUGGGAGUGGGCUCAGCCGGGUGUCCAAGCACCUGCCAGUGUAACCCGUAUGGCGCUUAUGGUGGGGCCUGUGACCCCACCACGGGGCAGUGCUCCUGCAAGCCGGGCGUCGGGGGCCUCAAGUGCGACCGCUGCGAGCCCGGAUUCUGGAAUUUCCGAGCCAUCGUCACCGACGGCAAGAGCGGCUGCACACCCUGCAGCUGCGACCCGGUGGGCUCGGUGCGUGACGACUGCGAGCAGAUGACGGGGCUGUGCUCUUGCAAGACCGGCAUCACUGGCAUGAAAUGCAACCAGUGCCCCAACGGCAGCAAGCUGGGCAUGACGGGCUGCGAGAAAGACCCAUCAGCCCCCAAAUCCUGCGAGGAGAUGAGCUGCGAGUUUGGGGCCUCGUGCGUGGAAGUCAAUGGCUUUGCCCACUGCGAGUGCCCGUCCCCGCUCUGCUCCGAGGCCAACAUGACCAAGGUGUGUGGCUCUGACGGUGUCACGUAUGGGGACCAGUGCCAGCUGAAGACCAUUGCGUGCCGGCAGGGACAGGUCAUCACCGUGAAGCACGCGGGCCAGUGCCAUGAGACCAUCACUCAUGCAAGCCACACCACACCGCCCAGACCCCUGCCCACACUUCCCCUGGACAAAUUAAUUCUUCCUCCCCCGCUCCGGCUCACUACCCAGGCUCCUGAGCCCACGGAGGUGGCUACCAGCUCGCUGCUGUUGGAAGCCGGCCCUACUGCGAGAGGUCACGGCACGACGAGACGAGUGACAACCGCCAGACCGGCCACCACGCCAUGGGUGACCCAUGGGGUGCAUAAGACAACCGUCCGACCCCUCUCGACGGCCCCGGUGGUCCUGGCCACCACCCAACCUGCCUACGUUGAGUCUGGCAGCGCAGAAGGCAGCGGAGACCAGGAGAUGGGCAUGAGUGGAGACCAGGAAUCCAGCGGGGCAGGGUCUGCUGGUGAAGAGGAGGUGGAAGAAAGCCAGGUAACCCCCACGCCGGCCAUCGAGAGGGCGACGUGUUACAACACCCCGCUCGGAUGCUGCUCCGAUGGCAAGACGGCGGCUGCGGAUGCAGAAGGGAGCAACUGUCCCGCUACCAAAGUCUUCCAAGGAGUCCUCAUCCUGGAGGAGGUGGAAGGCCAGGAGCUGUUCUACACACCCGAGAUGGCUGACCCCAAAUCCGAGCUCUUUGGGGAGACGGCCAGGAGCAUCGAGAGUGCGCUGGAUGAGCUUUUCCGCCAUUCUGAUGUUAAGAAGGAUUUCAAGAGCAUCCGCGUUCGAGACCUGGGGCAGAGUAGCGCUGUCCGUGUCAUUGUGGAGUCCCACUUUGACCCAGCCACUUCCUACACAGCAGCUGACGUCCAGGAGGCCCUGCUGAAGCAGAUCAAAGCUUCCAAGAAGAAGACCAUCCUGGUGAAGAAGCCCCAGCAGGAACAUGUCAAAUUCAUGGAUUUUGCCUGCGACUCGCACCCCUGCUUGCACGGUGGCACCUGCGAGGACGAUGGCAGGGAGUUCACCUGCAGCUGCCCCGCGGGCAAAGGAGGAGCCGUCUGUGAGAAAUCCAUCAGGUACUUCAUCCCCAGCUUUGGUGGCAAGUCCUACCUGGCCUUCAAGAUGAUGAAGGCGUACCACACCGUGCGCAUCGCCAUGGAGUUCCGGGCCGCCGAGCAGAGCGGGCUGCUCCUCUACAACGGGCAGAACCGCGGCAAGGACUUCAUCUCCCUGGCGCUGCUGGGCGGCUUUGUGGAGCUCAGGUUCAACACCGGCUCCGGCACCGGCGUCAUCACCAGCAAGGUCCGCAUCGAGCCCGGCAAGUGGCACCAGCUGGUGGUGAACCGCAACCGCCGCAGCGGCAUGUUGUCCGUGGACGGCGAGCCCCACGUCAACGGGGAGAGCCCCACGGGGACGGACGGGCUCAACCUCGACACCGACCUGUUCCUUGCAGGAGCUCCAGAAGACCAGAUGGCCGUGGUGGCGGAGCGCACGGGGGCCACGGCCGGCCUGAAGGGCUGCAUCCGCCUCCUGGAUGUGAACAACCAGAUGUACGACCUGCGGGAGAAGGGCAGCGACGUGCUGUACGGCAGCGGCGUGGGCGAGUGCGGCAACGACCCCUGCCACCCCAACCCCUGCCACCACGGGGGCAUCUGCCACGUGAAGGAGGCCGAGAUGUUCCACUGCGAGUGUCUGCACAGCUACACGGGUCCAACGUGUGCUGAUGAGAGGAAUCCCUGUGACCCUACGCCCUGCCACGUCUCUGCCACUUGCUUGGUGCUGCCAGAGGGAGGUGCCUUGUGCGCCUGUCCCAUGGGACGCGAAGGAGACUUCUGUGAGCAAGUGACAGAGCAGGACCACAGCAUCCCCUUCCUGCCGGAGUUCAAUGGCUUCUCCUCCUACCUGGAGCUGAACGGGCUGCAGACCUUCGUGCCCGACCUGCAGGACAAAAUGUCUAUGGAAGUUGUGUUCCUGGCCAAGAACCCCAACGGCAUGAUCUUCUACAACGGGCAGAAGACGGAUGGCAAAGGGGACUUUGUCUCACUAGCCUUGCACAACGGCUACCUGGAGUACAGAUACGACCUGGGCAAAGGGGCGGCUGUGCUCAGGAGCAAAGAGCCGGUUCCCCUCAACACCUGGAUAAGUGUUUUGCUGGAGAGGAACGGCCGCAAAGGGGUGAUGAGGAUCAACAGCAGCGAGAGGGUGAUGGGAGAGUCGCCGAAAUCCCGCAAGGUGCCUCACACCUUCCUGAACCUCAAGGAGUCCUUUUACGUGGGGGGAGCCCCUGACUUCAGCAAGCUGGCCCGAGCCGCUGCCAUCUCCACGAGCUUGGAGGGGGCCGUGCAGAGGAUCUCCGUCAAGGGGGUGCCCGUCCUCAAGGAGGAGAACAUCCGCAGCGCCAUCGCGGUCUCCUCCUUCCGAGGCCACCCCUGCACGCAGAAGCCGAACCCCUGCGAGAACGGGGGCGCCUGCAGCCCCCGGCUGGAGAGCUACGAGUGCGUUUGCCAGCGGGGCUUCUCCGGGGCGCGCUGCGAGAAAGUGAUCAUCGAGAAGGCAGCUGGAGAUGCAGAGGCCAUUGCUUUUGAUGGUAGGACCUACAUGGAGUACCAUAAUGCUGUGACAAAGAGCGAGAAGGCCCUGCAGUCGAACCACUUUGAGCUGAGCAUCAAAACGGAAGCCACGCAGGGGCUGAUCCUGUGGAGCGGGAAGGGCCUGGAGCGCUCGGACUACAUCGCCCUGGCCAUAGUGGACGGCUUCGUGCAGAUGACCUACGAUCUGGGCUCCAAGCCCGUCGUCCUGCGCUCCACCGUGCCCGUCAACACCAACCGCUGGAUCCACAUCAAGGCAUCCAGGGUGCAGAGAGAGGGUUCCCUUCAAGUGGGCAACGAAGCCCCCGUCUCUGGUUCUUCUCCGCUGGGUGCGACGCAGCUCGACACGGACGGGGCUCUGUGGCUGGGAGGGAUGGAGAAGCUCGGCGUGGCGCACAGGCUGCCCAAGGCCUUCAGCACCGCCUUCGUGGGCUGCAUAAGGGACGUCACCGUCGACCACCGGGACCUGCAUCUGGUGGAGGACGCUUUAAACAACCCCACGAUAUUACACUGCUCAGCCAAAUAGACCCCAGGGACCCUCCCUUCUUCCUCCCACCCUCCUGCCUAUUGCUGUAAUUAUUUUCUAUUUUUGUAAACUUAUUGCUUUUUAUAUUUUUGGGGGGAAGGGCUAAGGGGGGGAGGGGUAGGAAACACCUUUUCUUUUGGGUUAUUUGUUCGGUUGCAGUUUAUCCAGGUCAGUCAGACUCUAAUCAAACAGCAGCAACAAAGAACAAGCCCUGAACCAAGUCUCCAAGAAGUGACAGAAGAACUUCCCCAUUGCGUCUGCACUGUAAACUUCAUCCAUACUUGAAGCUUUUUAUUUUUGUUUUGCGU